UGGGGAGUGUGCUAGUCGGAAGGAUGAAGGAAGGGAGCGUUUUGAUCAACACCGCACGUGGCCGUGUACUAGAUUUAUCGGCGAUUGAAGAGGGUUUGAGGAGUGGUCGGUUGGCAGGAGUGGGUUUAGAUGUCCUACCAGAUGAACCCAUACCAGAAAACGAAGCUGAUAUGCACCCUUUAAUCAAAGCCUAUAAAGAUGGGGAGGAGUGGUUGCGAGGAAGAAUGGUCAUCACUCCUCAUGUCGCCUUUUACUCCACCGAGGCAUGGGACGACAUCAGGACAUUGAGCUGCGAGACGAUGAGAGAUGUUCUUUUGGAUGGGUUACGUCGAAAUGUUGUCAAACCUGAGGACGAAUACCAAAGAUUAAGUUCGCGAACUGUUCGCUCAUCAAAAGCGAUUAACAGUUCAAAAGAAAGGGAAGCCAUGUCCGUGCGAUGGGUAUUAGGCUCAUGCCCUCUUCACCUUCCCGCCAACAUCCCUGAGACGACCACCAGGAACGCUGCGGCCGGGUCCACCGCCCAGUGCCUUCUUGCGUUGAGAAUGCAUAUAAGACAUGAGAAC